CCCAUCCUCCCUCAGCUUCUAUGAAACAAGGCGUCGCCUGAGGAGGAGGCGGCCUUGGCCUGGCCUCCCCUCCAGAGGGCGCCGGCCGGGGGAAGAAGGAGGAGGAGCUGCAGGCCCAGGCUUAGUCUCCAGGGCUGAGGCGAUGGCGGUCGGAGGGGCCGAUGCGCGGGCCGUGGAUGUGGAGGAGGACGCCUCUCAGCUGGUCUUCCCCAAGGAAUUUGAGACUGCUGAAACCCUUCUAAAUUCAGAAGUGCACAUGCUUCUUGAACAUCGGAAGCAGCAGAAUGAGAGUGCAGAAGAUGAGCAGGAGCUUUCUGAAGUCUUCAUGAAAACAUUGAACUAUACUGCUCGCUUCAGCCGCUUCAAAAACCGGGAGACUAUUGCUAGUGUUCGCAGUUUAUUGCUCCAAAAGAAGCUUCAUAAAUUUGAACUGGCAUGUUUAGCUAAUCUGUGUCCUGAGACAGCUGAAGAGGCCAAAGCUUUAAUCCCCAGCUUAGAGGGUCGAUUUGAAGAUGAAGAGUUACAGCAAAUUCUUGAUGACAUUCAGACCAAACGAAGUUUUCAGUAUUAGGAAGAACUGCCACAUUCUUCUGUAAUGGGAACAUGUGGAAGGCUACAUUUGUUUUGACACCAGAGAGACGCUGAUGCUGGAUAAUAAUUCCACCCACGUUUUU